GACAAGGAGGAGGAGGAGGAUUACGACGGUGUUUUUUGGGAAGAGACAGAAUCCAAGGAAUACCUCAAAAGGAGGAUGGUUAUUGAGCAGGGAAUGUUCAAUAACCACCGUGUCGGCUGGGAAUAUAUUUGGGGCAAAUAAAAUCGGACUUUGUGGUGGCUUCCAAGAUACAACCACAUUGAGUUCUAUGCAAUUUACACACUCCACACCUGGUAUCAUCCCACACGGUUCUGUCGUCGGAACCACAUUGCAGAUUUACUCGCUCGAAAUUAAACUAAAAGCUGACUUGGAGUGGCCACUUCAUGUGUACGGCGUGGUUGCUGCUCGAGACACUGUGGACCGCAACCGCAACCUUCUCUUCUGUCGGUCAAGAGUUAACCACCAAGUACUCACUCGAAAUGAUCCUUUCUUACGCUUGACUGGCCCAGGUCGGGCAAUUCUAGCUCUGUACCCUGUUGACUUUGAAGUUGAACUGAAGAUGAUUGAUGGAGAUGAGUCCCGAGAUAUUGCAUUGAUCAGCCUUAACCUCCGUUACAACGGACAUGACAACAUCGCUCUCUUCAACAGCUCGUUAUGUACAGGAAAAUUAUGCCUUGAGCCAAUUGAUAGAACAGUUCAGGCCACUAUUGUGGGUGUUAGGCUUGCUACUGGGGAUCGGCCUUUUAAAUAUGGAGCCCGGUUUGCUUGUUCCUUGUUAGGUGCAGGUUCCCCAGUUGAGCAAGUUCUGUUGCUUGACUCUUACGGUGGGGAAAAUACUGUAGGCGCAGAUGGUUAUUUUUCUCUGUCAAGGAAUGUUGUUUCAGUAGAAUCAGAAGGAGGGCUGCAAGUUGUCAUACAAGCCUACUCGGGAUCAGCUACAAUUUCUGCCGAAGGUGCUGUCAGUUUCUAUCGUCCCAAGCAUUGCAACAUACAGCAGCUUAAAUGUUACGUUGGCGACUCUGAGGUGGAGAUCACUGUUGCUUGGUCCCACCUUGUCCAGGACAAGACCGAUUUGUUGACCGAGGGAUAUGCUGCCCAGGUGUGGAAGGCUUUGUAGGCUAGAGAGGUAUCCACCAUAAUAUAUAUCUAUUAUGUUUUGCUGGUGGUUAAAAUGUUGAAUUGUUUGUGUACCAGCCAGCUAUGUAAGGCGUCCAACUGCUUGUGUAUCAGCUACUUAAUUAUUUGUGUACCGCUCUAUAACUUUGGAAAUUGGAACGGCCCUCCUCACUUGCCUCCCUGGAUCAGA